AAAACUUUGUCAUUUCUUUUAAUUGGUUUUUUGUUUUUUAACUGAAACCCUAGGAAAUUUAUUUUAAUAAUUGUUAGAUCCUGUUUCAGCCCUAGGUGCCGGGUAUAUUUCAUUAAUCGUUGUAAUAUUGUGUCUACUUUAUAAUUUUUCUUUACUAUUUUAUUAAGUUUUAAUUCAUCUCUAUUUUAUUACUUAGAAUCCACAUAAUAAUGUACCUUUCCCCGGCCUCAACCCGGAUUCAUUCGUCUUCUACUUUUACACAUUUUCCAGAAUCUUUAUCUCCUGUUUCCAUUUUAAACUCCAUUAAACCUCUUUAAUUUCUAAACUUCAACUUAUUUCUGGGAUUCUUUAACAAAUUAUCUAAUAAAUUGUUUGUUCUCUUCUUUUAAAUUUAUCACUCGACCUAUUUUUAAUUGUUUUCAACUUUAUUGAUUUUAAUAUUAAUAACAAACGUUAAUCUGAUUAAAUGUUACUGUCCUGAAUGAAAUUUACCCGUAAUUUCUUUCUGAUGUUGUUAGGAUUUGACAAAUGGAUACUAAAACAUUGGCUCCAAAGAGGUCUGUGAUCUACUUGAGCCCGUAUGUCAGGAAUUCCAUAAACGAAACGCCCUAUUUUUACAAAAACACUUCAAAUGAUACUAAUGGUGAUACUGAUCAUAGGAAUGACUCACGGCUAGUCCACUCAAGAAAGUCUAUAUCUCCUACCGAUAGUGAUAAAACUUCAUCAACCCAACCAGAUGAUUCUCCUGAAUCUAAUGAAAAUGGUGUUAAAAGAGGUCCGGGUAACUCUAGAAGAAUUAACCGAGAGAUUUCGAACUCCUGGAAGAAGAAGGUAAAUAAGCAUAUUGGAGGCCAGUUUGACCAGAGCAAACGUCUGUUUGUUUCAGCGCUAUGGGCCUAUCUUGAGAUUAAAGAUUCUGCAAAAGUUGAUUCUGAUAAGUUCAACUGCUUCAGACUACUUUUUGGACCAGAAAAUACUAAACAUAAACUCUUCAAUAACUGUAGUAAGAAUUUAAAAUCGCCUAACAAUUUGAACAAUAAGAAAAUUUUAAACAAUAAUACUAAUGGCAAUGGUAAUUAUAUUGAAGAGAUGGAAGAACUUACUUCUGACUCCAAAAGUAGUAGUACGAGUAGUUCGGACAAUGAAAUGGAAUCACCGAUUUUACAGAACAAAUCUGAAGAUAAACCAUUAGUUGAUAGUGAUAAAGCUUCUAAAACUCCAAAUUUCGACUACUUACUUGACAAGAGUUAUCCUUUGUCAUUUGAAUUUAAACUAUUGAAGAAGUGUAUUUCUUUUUUCGAGAGUCACGGUCUUGUGGCUAAGGUGAGGAAGUUACCUCCAGAAUCUUUCACUGAUGAUUCGACUACGUCGAGGCGCACUUCAAGAAUUCCCACGAUCACUACCACCUACCCAUCAUACCACUUUAUUACAAGGCAACGGAGACAUAUGAUUGAACAGAUUAUGCGCUCAAAGUCAUUUUUGGAGACGGAAUUUAAUCUGCACUCAGACCCAAGAAACUCAAGAUCACCCUUUUCACUCUUUGAACCUCACCCCAAAACCCUAUCAUACUUGCAAGACGUUGUUAGUGAUCUCAACGACCACGAUUUCACAGGGUUGUUUAUAUCAGUUAGCACCGAACCUUUUAAGUCUAACACUCAGUUUGGUAUGAUUAAGAGGACGAAAUUAGUAGCUUGGAGCUUAGUUGAGAUCCUGGAAACCAAUGAACGGUGCCUAAAGUGUAUUUGGGUACACCCGCUGAUUUCAGCAAAUGGAACCACUGACCUCUUGAGAGCCUUUAUACCAUUUAUUAUCAUGUCAUCGUUUUCAGUUAGACCACCGGAAAUCGACUUUAACCAUAAAAUGAUGUUCUACUCAUGGUUGUCGGAUUUUGAUCUUUUCCCGAGACAGGCACUUAUUUUACUCACAAGUCCUUACAGAUUUGCACUCGAAAAACACUACGAUUGCUCUGAUCGCACUCAAAUUCACACUUGCUCAACACACUCACUGUACUAUAACACUUACCUAUAUGAGCAUAAUUCGACGGAUAACCCAAAUUCACGCUCGUCAUCGUCUUCUGAGAAUUACAACUCAGGUGACGAGGAUGAGUACAUGGACAACAUGUACAAAAAUUAUCUAGGUGAAUAUAAGAGUUACAUUUCAAGGGAUGUAAAAAUCUGCCAAUGCCAUGAAAACCCUAACUGGAAUGACUUGGAGCAGGUACUCUUUUCUUGCACUGAAAAGACCUUCCUUGACUCGAUUCCUAGGUGGCUCCAGUUAAUUAAGAGAAAUCGCUCAGUUUACUUGGAAUAUGACAUCCGUAAAGUGAUUACUCAAGAAACCUAUGAAAUGGAGACUCCUCAGGAGAUUAAAAUCGCAGAAUUUGCAGGCCUUGAUAAUAAACACGUCCAGGAUUUAAUGGCAAAUUUGUAUGGCAGUAAGUGGCAUCAAAGGUUCAAGCAGAAGUACAUAAAGAUAUUCAAGUCAGAGGAACAUACCACAAAAAACCAUACUCAAUCAGAUGUAGAAGUUGUAAAAAUCAGAAGACUUAGCCACAGUUAAUUUAAUAUACACUAUA